AUGCGACUGUUUUCUUUUCUCUUCCUUCCACAAUGAUGCGAACAUCGUCCAUCCGUAGUCAGGAAGACCCUCUGUCUCUGGCUCUGCGUCCGCCUGUUACAGAGACAGAUGCAGAGAAACAUAUGCGUUUGCAGCAAGAGUCAGAGGCACGGCGCAUAUCAGAACAGAUUGAUGAAGACCUUAGGCAGGAGCGCGAGAAACUAAAGAAGUCAAAAGGCGAUGUUAAGCUCCUACUACUAGGGCAGGCAGAGUCUGGCAAAUCGACACUGCAAAAGCAAUUUCAGUUGAUGUAUAGCCCAGCUUCCCUUGAGAGCGAGCGUAUGUCAUGGCGAACAGUCGUAUACUUUAACGUUGUUCGUUCCAUCAGACAGAUUCUAUCCACCCUCGAGUCCUGGGAUGAUGUCGACGAUGGCAGUGACGCUCACAGCACCAUAGAUCGCCUGGAAGACACCGAAGAUUUACCAUCAAAACGGCGUAGUUCUCCAGCCAGUUCGCAGAUUGGUGUUGCUUUAUCCCCACCAUCCCCAACAAAUGUCCAAGCACCCGGUAGCCCCAUUAAAUCAGGGCACGGGCCCUCGAUUGCUGACCUUCGUCGUCGUCUUCUUCCUCUCACGAACACCGAACCUCAGUUAGCGGAUCGGUUGAGCGGGGGUGUCACCGUCGCCGGCUCGAAAAAGGGUGAAGUAUUCGUCAGGAGUGGUUGGCAAGCUAGGACGAAAGAAAAAGCCUUAUCGGUCAUCGAUGCCGACCCUUUAGUGGACGAUGUUGCUACCAUGCUGGAUCAGUCUCAGGACGAAAUCAAAGCUUUAUGGGAACAUCCAACUGUGAAGUCCUUGAUCGCGAAUAGGAAAAUAAAGUUAGACGAGUGGUCAGAAUUCUUCUUGAAUGAUAUAACACGUAUUGCAGGGCGCAACUACGUGCCAAUUACAGAUGACAUACUUCAUGCACGUAUUCAAACUAUGGGUGUUGCAGAGCAUAUAUUCGAUGUUGAUAUUCAUGGAAAGACGGUAACUUGGCAUCUAUUUGACGUAGGUGGCGCUAGGGGUCAGCGGCAUUCAUGGGUCCCCUACUUUGAUGAUGCCAACGCCAUCAUAUUUGUCAGCCCUAUCAGUGCCUUUGACCAGUAUCUUGAAGAAGAUCCCCGUACCAACAGAAUCGACGACUCACUGCAACUAUUCACUCAAAUUUGUUCAAAUCCACUCUUGAAAAGAGUUCAUCUAGUCUUAUUUUUGAACAAGACGGAUAUCCUGAAAAAGAAACUCGACAGUGGGCUGUCAGUUUCCAAAUAUAUCCUUUCCUAUGGCGACCGCGCCAAUGAGUACGAGUCGGUUGUACAAUACUUCCGUGCUCACUUUUUGCAAGUGCAUAGGCGGAACAAUGAGAAUAGACGGGUGCUAUAUACCCAUUUGACCAGCGUUGUGGAUACGAAAGCCACACAGAGUAUCAUUGGAAACGUUCGGGACUCUAUUUUCCGAGGAUACUUACAAUCUGCUGCACUCGUUUGAAAGUCUUAAUAAUUUGUCUGUUUGCUGUUUGUAGUCGGUUUCACUUUUUUUUUUUUUUGCUCAAACAUAACUGCCCUUGUUGUAGAAUGCGCUCAUCUCAUAUAAUAGUGCUUGUCAAUGGCAUGUCAUUGUGCCCAUGUUCUUUCACUUGUUUGCAAGCCCUUAAUCGUGUAUUGGAAUUGUUAGCUUCAAAUGCGUUAAAUCUUUUUAUUCGACGUUGACUUCAUUGUUAUG